AUGCAGCAGCAGGUUGCGCCUUUGGGUAUGGUACCCAGCACCGGCAGCGUGUCAGCCGGUCCGACGGCCGAUCCUGAGAAGCGCAAACUCAUUCAGCAGCAGCUGGUCCUGCUGCUCCACGCGGACAAGUGCCAGCGGUGGGAGCGGGCCAAGGGGGUGGUGAGGGCCUGCACUCUCCCCCACUGUCGCACCAUGAAGAAUGUCCUCAACCACAUUACCCACUGCCAGGCGGGCAAGUCUUGCCAGGUGGCCCACUGUGCAUCAUCCAGACAGAUCAUCUCCCAUUGGAAGAACUGCAUGCGGCAUGACUGUCCCGUCUGCCUGCCUCUGAAGAACGCAAGCGAUAAGAGAAACCAGCAACAGCCGAUGACGGAUUUAAAUCCCCCACCAAGGCAGCAGAAAUAUGUUAACAUUAUUUUCCUUCUCACCCUAGGUUCCCCUGGGGCCAGCCAACCCAGUGCCCUGACCAUCAACAGUGCAACCACACACAUCGACCCCAGCUCUAUGCAGAGGCCCUAUGCCGCUCUGGGUCUCCGUUAUGGCAACCAGUCCCCUGCUCAGAAGCAGGGUCCUGCUCAACAGAACCCACAGGGGCACCAGCAGCUGCGAAAUAUGAAUGCACUAGGAACUAAUCAGAUCAACCAAAUGGCAGCAGGGAUGGGGGUGCCCUCUUCAGACCAGACUGGGCUGCACAGCGACUCUUUGCCCUCCACACUCAACAAUCAGUUGUUGCCGGAUGGGUCCGUGGCAGGAGGAAUGGGAAACUUGCCCGCCGCCACCCCUCUGUCCGCUUCGGGGGUCCGGAAGGCCUGGCAUGAACACAUCACUCAGGGCCUGCGCACUCACCUGGUGCACAAACUAGUACAAGCCAUAUUCCCAAACCCAGACCCCAUAGCACUGAAGGAUCCCAGAAUGGACAGCCUGGUCGCCUACGCACGCAAGGUCGAAGGUGACAUGUACGAGUCGGCCAACAGCAGGGAUGAGUAUUACCACUUCCUGGCGGAGAAGAUGUACAAGAUCCAGAAGGAGCUGGAGGAGAGGCGACGUUUGCGGAUCCAGAGGCAACGUGGCAUGGUGGGCAACGCCGGACCCCAGCAGCCUUCGAUGACUCAGCCCAAUGCCAUGGUUCCGGGACAACCCGUCCGACCUCCCAAUGGACCUGUGCCUAUCCCAAAUCAGAUGAUGAACCGUAUGCAGGUGCCUCAAGGAAUCAAUCAGUACAACCCAAUGGCAACGCAAAAUGCGAAGAUGUCACAGACACCCUUGGGGCCCCGAGCUCCCUCGCCCAUGAACCAUCCCCCGCAGCUCAACAUGAAUGCCGUCCCAGCAUCGCAGAAUUCCAACCUCGCUCUAAAUGUGCACGGCACCCUCGGCUCUCAGUUGCCGUGUGGACCUGCAGCCCAGCCAGGCAUGGGCAGCACGCCUCCACCCAACCCCUCCACCGGCCUCCAAAUGCAACAACACCAUCAGCCCGCGCAGGCCCCGGUGCUGCAGCAGCCCUCCACUCCAGCCUCAACGGGUGGGCCGGCCUCCAACCAAGCCCUCAUACCUGGCAGCCACCCUGGUCCACCCUCUGUCGUUAGUACACCACCCGAGCCUUCCCAGCCGCUCACACCCCUGCAGCCGCACCCCGAGCCCCUCGGCCAGAUGCAUCAGCCCACCUCAGUGCCGGCGCAACAUCCCAGCACACCGAAUGAUGAAUCCAAACCCCCUCUGGUGAAGGAGGAGCCAGAUACAGCUGAGCCAAAGCAGGAACCGAUGGACACUGAAAAAAAGAAGCCAGCGGUGGAGACGGAACUCGAAGGAAAGGCAGAAAGUGGGGGCAGUGCCUCCGCUGCCCAGAGCCGCAAAAUAAUUUUCAAACCUGAAGAGCUCAGACAAGCUCUAAUGCCUACACUUGAGGCCCUCUACAGGCAAGACCCAGAGUCGUUGCCCUUCAGACAACCUGUAGACAUCCCGGGCUACUUCGACAUUGUGAAGAAUCCCAUUGACCUGUCCACCAUCAAGCGCAAACUGGACACGGGCCAGUACCAAGAGCCGUGGCAAUAUGUAGAGGACGUGUGGCUCAUGUUCAACAAUGCGUGGCUGUACAACCGCAAGACUUCGCGCGUUUACAAGAACUGCACCAAGCUCGCCGAGGUGUUUGAAACAGAGAUUGAGCCCGUCAUGAAGUCGCUGGGCUACUGUUGCAGCCGCAAGUACGAGUUCUCCCCCCAAACACUGUGCUGCUACGGCAAACAACUGUGCACUAUCUCAAGGGAUGGCAUCUAUUACAGCUAUCAGAACAGGUAUCACUUCUGUGAAAAGUGCUUCAACGAGAUCCAGGGCAACAAUGUGACGCUGGGGGACGACCCGGCACAGUCUCAGACCAUGAUAUCCAAAGAGCAGUUUGAGAAGAAGAAAAAUGACAUGUUGGACUCUGAACCGUUUGUUGAAUGUAAAGAUUGCGGACGCAAGAUGCAUCAGAUCUGCGUGCUGCAUUACGACAUCAUUUGGCCGUCGGGCUUUGUCUGCGAGAACUGUUUGAAGAGGUCUGGGAAAACAAAAAAGGAGAACAAGUUUUCAGCUAAAAGGUUGCAGUCAACGAGGUUGGGAACGUACAUUGAGGACAGAGUCAAUAAGUACUUGAAAAGACAGAACCACCCAGAAGCCGGCGAAGUGUUUGUGCGAGUCGUAGCCAGCUCUGACAAAACUGUAGAGAUUAAGCCUGGAAUGAAGUCUAGGUUUGUGGACUCGGGCGAGAUGGUCGAGAGCUUCCCUUACAGAACCAAAGCACUUUUUGCAUUUGAAGAAAUUGACGGUGUGGACGUUUGUUUCUUCGGCAUGCACGUCCAGGAGUAUGGCUCGGAUUGUCCUUUUCCAAAUACGAGGCGGGUUUAUAUAUCAUACCUCGACAGUAUUCACUUCUUCAAACCACGCAUGCUCAGGAGUGCAGUUUACCACGAGAUCCUAAUUGGAUACCUGGAGUAUGUCAAGAAACUGGGGUAUGUGAUGGGUCACAUCUGGGCCUGCCCACCCAGCGAAGGAGAUGACUACAUUUUCCACUGCCACCCUCCCGACCAGAAGAUCCCCAAACCGAAGAGGCUGCAAAAGUGGUACAAGAAGAUGCUGGAAAAGGCUUUUGCUGAGAGAAUCCUACACGAUUUCAAGGACAUUUUCAAGCAAGCCACAGAAGACAGGCUGACCAGCGCCAACGAGCUGCCGUAUUUCGAGGGUGACUUUUGGCCAAACUUCUUAGAGGAGAGCAUCAAAGAACUGGAGCAGGAGGAGGAGGAGAGGAAGAAAGAGGAGAACACGGCCUCCUGUGAGACGCCGAAGGGAGCCCACGCUGACAGCAAGAAUGCCAAAAAGAAGAACAACAAGAAGACCAACAAAAAUAAGAGCAGUGUCAGUCGAGCCAACAAGAAAAAGCCUGGGAUGCCGAAUGUAGCUAAUGAUCUGUUCCAAAAGCUCUCUGCCACAAUGGAGAAGCAUAAAGAGGGUUUUUUUGUCAUCCACCUUCAUUCUGGGCCAGUCAUCAAUACCCUGCCUCCCAUCAUGGACCCCGACCCUCUGUUGGCAUGCGACAUGAUGGACGGCCGCGAUUCCUUCCUGACUCUGGCGCGAGACAAGCACUGGGAGUUCAGCUCGUUGCGGAGAUGCAAGUGGAGCACCAUGUGCAUGUUGGUGGAGCUACACAACCAGGGCCAGGACCGCUUUGUGUACACAUGCAAUGAGUGCAAGCACCACGUGGAGACUCGCUGGCACUGCACCAUCUGUGAGCAACGGCCGCAGCAGCAGCCAGCCCCCAACACUCAGCCCGCAGGGCAAACCGGGGCACCAGUCAUCCCCGCCACAUCAGGAGCAGUCGCCUCUGCCCAGUUUGCCGCUACAGCAGCAGCAACAGAUGCCGCUACAGCAGCAGCAGCCCAACUCGGGAACGACCUCCAAGCGGUGUUGGGCGACCCUCGACGGGGCGCCCCCGGCCGCGGGCCGCGUUCUCCGGAACCGGUCCCCCGAAAACGAAAAACCUGCGGAGGGGGUUGCGGUGCGGGGUCGGGAGACAUUGAAUCCCCCGCUCCCCGCCGGAGGCGGCGAGAGAGUUGAGGACCCGGCGGCUGGGU